GGGAUUGAUUUUUGCUUUGUUUUAUGCAACUGGUGAUUACACCGAUAGCAUUCCGAGAUGGCGAGUCACGGUAUUUCUAGAAGCGAAUACGCUACGCAGUCCCGAGACGAGCAUCGCCGGGCGAAAGAACUUAAAAAGAUUGAGGAAUACAACCAACUUGCCAGCACAGUUCAAGAGCAGAGGCUAGCGACAGAGCACAAUCUUGAGGCGCUCGAGGGAACUACCCGUCUACUGAGGCUUAAUCCGGAGUACUACACCAUAUGGAACUACCGGCGCGAAAUCCUUCAACAGACGCUUUUGGCUAAACACUCACCUCCUGGGAUCGCCCUUUCUCCUACUUCAGCUUCCACUCGAACCUGUCUCGAGGAUAAUGAAGCGAACCAGGACCCAGAAGAGGUUGCCACGUCUGUGCAUGCGGCAUACACUUCUAGGGCAACCCUCCACCUAAAGGAGGAACUCGCUUUCUUACUACCACUGCUCUCCUCAUUCCCGAAAUGCUACUGGAUUUGGAAUCACCGUCUGUGGACCCUCCAACGUGCAACGGAAAUUCUACCCGCCGAUAAAGCAGGCAACUUCUGGCAAGAAGAGUUAGGCCUUGUGGGUCUCAUGCUACGUAGGGAUGUUAGGAAUUUUCAUGGAUGGAUGUAUCGGCGGUUUGUCAUUUCCAACAUCGAGUUUCCGAGACGGAAAAGUCUUUCUGGCGAUGAGGUUGAAAACUCUUCAUCGAGGGAUACAUCGCUUGUGGAACAGGAGUUCGCAUAUACAACUAAGAUGGUUCAAGGGGUUGGCGGCAUGAGUAAUUACUCGGCAUGGCACAACAGAAGUAAACUUAUCCCGAGGCUACUGUCUGAGAGAAAGUGUGGAAGGCAGGAGAGGAUGGAUUUUUUGGAAGAUGAAUUAGAAUUACUAAAACGCAAUAUAUCUACGAACCCCCACGAUCAGUCGCUUUGGUUCUAUCACCGCUGGCUAAUAUACUCCAAUACUAUCACCCCGGAUCGCGAUACACCAAAUGCUAUCUCACCUUUUAUGUCCCGCGGAACAAAAUUGCUCAUGCUAGCUGCCGAGAUAGAUACUCUUCAGGAUCUACUUGAAGCGCAUGCAGAAUGCAAGUAUAUUCUCAAAGCUCUAGUCGAGUACGUAGGCCUAUUACAACGGGUCAGAGAGGAUCCAAGAGACCCGGAGGAUGUUGAGGAGGAAGAAGAAUGGACUGCAGAUGACGAGGAAAAGAGGCGGGUAGAUAGGAGGGUGUGGCUGGCGAAAUUAGUCUCGAUUGACCCGAUGAGGAAAGGGAGGUAUCAGGAGAUACUAAGGGGUUUGGAUUAGCACUGGUUUUCGCUUGCACUGUGUACUGCGGGGUGGGAAUUUAAAGAGAGGCAGUGGUAAAAUUCUUUUCUGGAGUUUUAUGAUUUUAGAUGGGUUUGAGAAUUAUAGGGCUUUGUGUUUA